AUGUCCUCAGACUCCGCCUCAGCCUCAGGCCGCUACAAACUCGUUUUCUUCGUCCCGCAUUCCCACCUCGAAGCCUGUAAAGAGGCCAUCUUCGCGACCGGAGCAGGGACCUUCCCGGGCGGUAAAUACACCAAGUGCUGCUUCCAGAUGCCGGGUCAAGGUCAAUUCCUACCGUCUGAUGAAGCUAAUCCCGCGAUCGGAGCUGCAGGAGCGUUGGAAACGGUGGAGGAGAUGAAGGUCGAAGUGAUGUGCUUCGGUCGGAGCAUCAUGUUGCAGGCGGUGGAUGCGCUGAUCAAGGCGCAUCCGUAUGAGGAGGUCGCAUAUGAGGUCUAUAAGCUCGAGGAUUGUCGCUCCCCUCCUCCCCCGUCCACUCAUAUCCCCUCUCUCCUGCCAGCAAUGGCUUCCAAAUUCUUCCCCGCCGUCCCUCGGGUCGGUCGUCAGUUCUUCCAGCGCGCCCCCAAGACUCAAUGCAGACCGUUCUCGGCUGGUCCGCAACGUUGCAGCGACUCCCUCUCCGUGCACCGCAACAAGCCUACCAACAACCCGAGCAUCCCGUUCACGUUCAACGAGCAGAACCAACGAUUGAUCGAUGAGAUCCUCAAGCGCUACCCCCCCCAGUACAAGAAGGCUGCCGUCAUGCCUCUCCUGGAUCUGGGCCAGCGUCAACAUGGCUUCACAAGCAUUAGCGUCAUGAACGAGGUCGCCCGCCUCCUGGAGAUGCCCCCCAUGCGUGUCUACGAAGUCGCUACUUUCUAUACCAUGUACAACCGUGAGCCUGUUGGCAAAUACUUUGUACAGCUUUGCACAACGACGCCAUGUCAGCUCGGAGGCUGCGGUAGCACCAAGAUCCUGGAAGCUAUCGAGGAACACCUCGGCAUCACCGCCGGACACACCACCGAGGAUGGACUCUUCACCUUGCUCGAAGUCGAGUGCCUGGGCGCCUGUGUCAAUGCCCCCAUGGUUCAGAUUAACGACGACUACUACGAGGACCUUACUCCCGAGUCCAUCAAGACUCUCCUCACCGCACUCAAGGAGUCCGCGACCGCCACCGACGCCGGAAAGUCGGUUAAAGUUCCUGCGCCUGGCCCAAUGAGUGGAAGAGACACCUGUGAGAACAGCGCCGGACUGACAAACCUGAAGAACCCUGUGUGGGAUCCGGAGACGAUGAUGAGAAAGGACGGUGCCUUGGACCAGCCUCAGCAGCAAUAA